AUGGAUCUAACAAAUUGUCGUUCAAUGGAGAUUCUGCGCGUGAUGGGCCUGGCCGACGACUAUCGCGCCCAAGAAGGCAGCGUGCCCGCCUCCACGGAUUUCGAUUCCCAGUUCGUGACCCGAAUCAUUGGAGAAGAGAGUAAGUUGCUAGGAACCUGGCACGUCCCCUGCGUCACCACCCAGCGCGAGUCCAUCCGCCAAACCAACGACGGCACCCAAGCCGCUGAGCCCAGCCAGCGCUGCUCGCAGGUCAUCUUCGAGGCGUGGAUGCGCAAGCUGAUCCUCAAGCAAGCCAGCGCGGGAAGUGCAAUGCAGACUCGCUUCGGAUGGAAGUACCUUCACCACUCUGAAGACGAGACCGGGGUGUGGGCUACCUUCCUCGAUGCGGAGCAAGGCGUGCAGCAUCGCGUGCGGAGUCGGUAUCUCGUUGGGACGGAUGGAGGAGGAAGUCGAGUGCGUGGUUCUGCGGGGAUACGGAUGUUGGGGGGCCCGAUGCCCAUACGCUUCUACCUCGUGCACUUCCGCUCUCAGGAACUCGCGCGAUCCUUCCCCUUCGGCCGAUGCUGGCACAUCUUCUCCACGAACGGUGGCUUCGUGCUCGACCAGGACGACAAGGAUACCUUCACCGCGCAUUUCCCGGUUCACCUACUCCCCGAGGGCGCAAUCGACCCGAAGGAAGUGGUGUAUCGAGCUCUCGGCGGCCCGGGUCCCGGUGAGAAGGCGGUGGUACAGAUCGACGAGAUCCUGGUGCAUAGUGCCUGGACCCCGAACUUCAGUAUCACAGAAAACUAUAUUAGUGCUGGCGGGCGCGUCGUGCUUGCGGGUGAUGCGGCCCAUCGAACACCCCCGCACGGCGGAUACGGUCUGAAUAGCGGCCUAGCCGACGCCUUCGACCUCGCCUGGCGUCUCGCCGCUCUCACCCAGUCCCCGACUCCCUACGGCGGGCCGCUGCUCCUGCAAUCGUACACCCUCGAUCGUCGCCCGUGCAUGAUCCGUGCUCUGUCGCGCUCGCACCGCCAUCUCGUCGAACAUCUCAAGCUUGCCGCUAUGUUUCCCCGUCCUGUUGGGUUGCUGGAGCGUCAGGAUACGGAGGCUGUGGCGCUGCGGACGAAGAUCCGCGAGUUCCUGGAAAUGUCGGGCCCGGAGACGCUGGAUCGCGGUGUGGAGAUGGACUUGAGAUAUUAUUCUUUUGGCGUCUGGGGCGAUGAGGAUAUCUAUAAUGAUGAAGGGCCGUGGGAAGCGGAGAGAUAUGUGCCUUCGACCAGGCCGGGACGUAGAGUUCCUCAUGUUUUCCUGCAGGGCUCGAAGAGUAUCUAUGAUGAGUUUGGGCCUGCGUGGAGUCUUGUUCAUUUCGUGGAAGAUUCCGGACACUCCGGGGCCAAGGACAAGAGUGCUCCUGCUGUCACGGCUGAGACAUUCGUCGCUGUUGCGGCCAAGUUUGGAAUGCCACUCAAGCUGGUGAAACUGGUCAAUGAGACACAUGCACAUCGCGUCUGGGGCAGGAGUCUGGUGCUGGUGAGGCCGGAUACGCAUGCUGCUUGGCGUGGGAAUGUACUGCUACAAGAAAUUUGUCUGUCUUUAACGCAUUUAUUGUUAUCGCUUUUGAUCGUAACUCCAAUCCGUCCCUCCUUUUAA